UACAGGUUAUGUUAUGACAACUCAUAAACUUUUUUAAACAUUUUAAAUUAUUGUAGUUAUAGUUAAGUUAAGCACAGUACUUACAGGACAGCAAUUAUUAAACUAGUUAUUAUUAAUAGUAUAAAACACGAAUAUGAUUUUAAGGAACAAUGUUAUUCUCUAGAUCUAGGCGAUACUCAAGGAAAAAAUGUUUCCUCUAUUUUUUGUUUACUGCUCUGUUUGGAUGUGUAAUUUACAUAGAAUUGUUUUCUUAUUACAUAAAUACUCUAAAUUGGCACCAAUUAAAAUGUAAACAUCAAGAAAAAUGUACUAAAAUACUCUUAGUAGCAGAUCCCCAAAUUAUUGGAAAUAAUGAAGAAAUUUUACAUUUUUUGACCCCAUUUACUAUCUUUGAUAGUGACAGGUUUCUGAAACAGACGUAUAUACAAGCAUAUAAUUUUGUUCAACCUGAUAUAGUAAUAUUUCUUGGAGAUUUGAUGGACGAAGGUCAUCGAGCUACAAAUUACGAAUUUCAUCAAUAUGUUAGAAGAGUCUUUGAUAUAUUUCUAGAUACUACUUCAAGUUCAAUUGUAAGGCACAUCUGGAUUCCAGGCGAUAAUGAUAUUGGAGGGGAAGAUACCUUGGUCACCAAAGAAAAGAUUGACAGAUUUGAACAAGCGUUCUCCCAGCCGAAGUUUAUUACUUUUAGAAACAUAAGCUUUUUCAAGAUAAAUCGCUUGAUUUCUGACAUUCCAGUAUAUAAGAAAACGAGGGACUUUUAUAAUACUGACGAAUUGUUUAUAGGUUUAAGCCAUGUGCCUCUAAUGCUCAAACCUUCAAAUUUUGUUGAUAAGAUGCUAAACAAAAUGAUGCCUCACAUAAUGUUUACUGCCCAUGAACACAAAUCGAUGAUAAUCAAUACUGAUGCUCAUCUUCGCCAAGACUUCCAUCUAACGCCUGUUAAGCCAGAAAUCAAUCAAAUUUUCGAAUACUCUUUGGGAACAAAAGACAUGUAUGAAAUUCUAAUUCCAACAUCGUCUUACAGAAUGGGAACAAAUAAAAUAGGUUAUGGAUUCACAGUAAUAGAAAAUAAUGAUCUGCAGUUUACAGUAUUAUGGUCUCCGUCCAGAUUUAUACAUCUAAAAAUUUAUUUUUAUGUUUUUCUAUGCCUUUUUACGUAUAUUUUACUUAUGUUGUUAUUUCAGUGUGUUACCUUGUUAAGAUGCUCUAUAAGAAAUUGAAUUUAUUAACUCCUAACCGAUAACUUCUACUGAAUAGGCAUUUCACACUAAUCAAUAACGAACAGGUAUUUAAAAAGUUACUUAUUCAAAUAGUUUUCAUAGCUUCAUUAUACUUUUAUACUUAAUAUACAAUUAUACUUAAACACAAUAAGCUUCUAUGCAAGUCCGUAAGUCAUUUUUCUUCAAUUUUCAGCUGCAUCCUUCUCUGUCAAAAGUCCAUUUUUAAUUUUAUCCUAUGUUCCAAUUUUUAUAAUAUUCAUCUAGAUAUUUUAGCAUUUAUUCCAAAUCAACAACCUCUAAGCUAUCAUUAUCUAUGUUGAUCGUAAAAAUGUGAAAUUUUUAAAUACAUACUUAAAAAAAUGAUAUUGUAUUUUUAAAGUACAUAAGUAGGUGUCUGAAGAAAUUAAGGAGGCAGGUAUCAGAAUCUAAUUGUAUGCAUGAUUGCCUCUAAUACAGCUAUUUCGUCAGAAACCGACUUUGAAGAUGAUAUCAAAUUGAUCAAAUUGCUUAGUCAGGUAAUUUAUGAAGUAUUAACUCUCAACAAGAGUUAAACAUUUGAAGAUUAACGUCGGUACAUAUACGCGAGCCGAACUGUUCGCGAACAGCUCGCGUACAGUUCGUUGAAAUUAUAUUUACAGUGAACUCAUCACGAGCCAUGGAAAGCGACGAACUGUGAAGUUGAGGGUUGCUAGACGAAGACACUACCCCGAACAAACAAACUUAAACUUUUUACAGAAACUUUAUUCUUAUAUAAUUAAAUGUACAAUUACAUUACGUUGACCUUGAGAUAGGUCGGGGAUAACCCAUUUAUCGGUAACUAUAUCCCCUGACUACGCGCUAGAGAGUGCAACGACAACAACGAUGUCUCAGGUACUCGACCUUCCUAUUUAUAUGUUAUAGUUAAAAACAUUGCCAAUAUGUAUGACCAUAUAUGGUGAGGUACUACACGUGUAUUAAGAAUGACGUGUGCUUUCUUUGCAGUCUUUCAAAUGAUUUCAAUACAUUGGACUUUGCUACUAUCGUAAUAAAUUAUACAAAUUGCAAUUAUAAUAGUAUGACCUUAUUUUUAUAACAAAUAAAUUAGGAAAAUUCCGUGAGGGUUGUCGUGUACCAUCACAGAACCAGCACUUGUCCGAAGUUUGUUUGUAUAAAUGAUUCAUUUAAUUUGUAAUUUGGGUAUUAAUUACUUGCGUUUCUCACAUUUCUUAUCUCUUUCAAGUCAGGAAGGAACGCGUCAUUCACACAAUCUCGAUGCGACGACGCGUACAGACAAUAUCGCUCCGUACGCUGUCCAAAUUAAACUGCGAAUAUCCUUUGGGUUUGUCCCAAAAACCGACAGGCCCUGGUUUGUGACAAGCGACGAACGAACAGCUCGCAAGCGGUUCGUACCGCCGUACAAAUUAUAUGAAUAUAGCGUUCGCAAACAGUUCGGCUCGCAUAUGUGUACCGACUUUUAGAUAUAUGUGGACAAACACAAACACUCAUAGAAGGGUACUCCUUAACAAAAAGGUGUCCCUCGAUUCAGACUGUGUCGGGAUGUAAAAAAAACAAGUCUUGUAACCCGGUGGAUAGAGAUGCUGAUAAUCAAUUUUUGCACAGUUCAUAUACAGACUUUUGUAAGUUGUAAGAUGAAUCUCUAGGUGAGUGAUAGAGCGCCCUUCUGGUAAUAACUAUUUGAAGAAUCGAAUUUUGCUUCAAGCAAUUUUUUUUAAUAGCCAUACCAUAGCAUACCAAAAGUUUGAAGCUAUUUUUCUUCUGGACCGUUGCGUUGAAUGGAUUUCAAUGAUUUUUUUUUCACACUCUAGGUCUAUAUCUAAGGCAUUACUGUACCAAUGUUUUCUGAGAAAUGUCAACGUUGUACGCGUGUACAAGUAAAGUUGUGUUUUUUAAUCUUAUUUUCAAUUCCCUCUAGAAUUUGUUAGAAACAAACACUACAUAUUUUUAAUAUUGCGAGAUAACUUAAUCUUUUCUUAACAUUUUAGUAAAUAAAUCAUCUGGAUAUCUAUUCUUAGAAAAGAAAAGUUAAUUCAAAGCCUAACGUGAUUUUAUUGAAUUAUAAUACUCAUUAAUCUACAAAACAGUGAUUAGACCAGUAGUCAUAUAUGAACGUGAAACAUGGACCAUCUCAACCACUGAUAAAAAUCAACUGAGAAUAUUUGAGCGCAAAAUACUAAGAAAGAUAUUUGGACCAACCCAUUGCAACGAUGGUUCGAGGAAAAUUAAAAUGAACUACGAGCUAUAUGGACAGAACAGAACGUAGAUAUUGUUAGAUUUGUAAAGUCACAAAGGCUAAACUGGCUUGGUCACUUAGAAAGAAUGCCGGAGAAUCGAGCUGUAAAGGUAAUCUAGAAAUGGAAGCCCUGGAAAUAGAUUAAGAAGAAAAUCUUAAAACAUCAGCAAAAAGAAAAAUUUUUCCAUCGGUUUUUAAACUAGUGAUAUCAUUAAUAAAGAUAAGGAAAAGUAGAGGACCCCAAUGAACCUUGCGGUACUCCACAUACAAUGUUUUUGAGACUAGAGUUUAAUUUGCUCUAACCAGUUGUUUCCUAUUAUUCAAGUAAGAUUGAAACCAACUCAAAGAAAUACCUAGAAUUUCGUAGAAAUUUAGUUUUUUUUAUCAAAUUAUCUUGAUGUACACAAUGCAAAGCUUUGGCAUAGUCACAAAAAACAGUGGCAGUAUGAAGUUCAGUGCUUGAUAAACCUCAUGUAGUACAGAAAACAUGGCAUCAGUGGUACAUUUAUUAGUUAAAAAGCCGAACUGAUUUUGUGAUAACAUGUUUUUCAACGAGAAAGGACAUAAGUCGGGCUUUUAUGAAUCUCUCAAUAAUUUUGGAGACUACCGGUAGUAAUGCAAUAGGUCUAUAAUUGCAGGCAUUAGAUUUUUCACCACCCUUAUGAAGAGGAAUAAUAAUGAUGACUGUCUUUAGGCAGUCUAGAAAUUUACCUUUCUCAAAAGAAUCAUUGAGAUGAGGACUUCCAACAAGAGACAUGUUAACAAUAGACCAGGCUAGGGAUAUGCCACUUAAUGCAUCGGGGUGUAAUGCCAAUAUCAAGUACAGUGGUAUCUUUGUCUGUCGUGCUAGUUUGAUCGUAUCUACCAAGAGGUGGAAGUAAUGGAACGACACAGACACAGAGGCAGUGACCAUCAUAUGCUAGAGACAAAAAGCUAAGCGCCGGUAGAGAGAGAUAGAUAGACCACCGACCCGAACUGCUCCGCGUUACGCUAUUUUUCGGACCUGGCCUAAUCUACGUGUUAUUAGGUAUAUCUAUGCUUCCAACACAUUUUCUCAUAGAUUUGAGAAAUUUUUUAUGGAUAGUCCAUCUACAGGAAGAUUUGCUUUCGAUACUAUUGAUUGUUUGGAUCAGUUUAGAUUUAUCAACUGAUCUUAUAAAGAAUGAAUUCGAGACCUUUCUUUAAUUACGUAGAUAGGAAAUGGGAUCUUUUUGUGGCAAAAUAGUUAAUGUCAUAUUUUUACUUACAUUAACAAAGUGUCCAGGUCUGGAAGAGAGAAUGUUUAAACUGUGUGAGCUGCGUGUUUUACCACUCGACUAAACCUUGUGCUCACGUCGUUUGUGAAAAGUUUGUAUGCAUUGUGGAAACUUUGUUGUCAGCAUCUCUAUCGACCAGGUUACAAACCUUUUUUAUUUAGAUUUAAAACGGAGGAUAUCUCUAUAUAUUCGUUGAUGAUAGCCGGUGACAUUAAUGAACACUCAUAGACACAAUGAUCAAAUAGUUUUUGUUGUCGUUGUUAAUAGAUCAAUAUAUUGAUUUAGCAAUGAAUGUUCAUGUACAAUUAUGUUACAAGAAACAAGUUUAAGUUGCCAAGCACGGGGGGUUAUACUAUAAUACACAUAGUUUCAAAAGUUAUGCAUCACCCCUCGUAUUCACGAUGUUUACGCUUUUAUAAAUCCGUAUCUUUAUCACAUAUUUAAUGGGCCUUUUUUAUAAAAAAUAUACCAUUUUUGGUUUUUUAUUUUAUUUGAUUACCCAUUCAAUUGACCUGGUUUUGCCAAGGUGUAAACAUUUGAAAAAUUUAUUCUGGUGAAAUUUUUGAAAACGUGAUUAAAAAUGAAUCGUACUUUAAUUUCUGAGUUGGACCGUAUAAGAAUUAUCGAUUUAGUUGAAGAAGGCCAUUCACAGCGGUUCGUGGAGGAAAGAGUGGGUGUUUCUCAGAGUGAUGUCUAACGGAUAUGAAAUAGGUUUUUGGAGACAAAAUCGAUACAGAAUAGAGCUCGGUCUGGUAGACCCCGAGUUACCAAUGAUCGACAGAAUAGAUAUAUCAGAAUUUCCAUCCGUAGAAAUUCUUCUAUGUCUGUACCAGCCCUCCAAAGAGAAUUCAGGCAUGCUACAGGAGUCAGAGUAUCGUUGGCUACAAUAAGAAGAAGAAUUUAAGACUCCGGUUUGAGGAGUCGUAGACCAAUAAGAGUUCCUCAGCUACAACCUAGACAUGUUUUGGACCGCCUCCACUGGGCUCAAGAACACAUAGAGCUUCCCAACUGUUUCGAAAUUUUGUGCUUUUUUCAAACGAGACCAGAAUCUGUUUAAAUAGUGGUAACCAGCGAAUUCGUGUGUGGCUAGUUGUGCAGCUCUUGUUGGCUCUCGCCACACACAAAUUCGCCGGUUAUCACUAUUUAAACAGAUUCUGGUCUCGUCUGAAAAAAGCACAAAGUUCCAAACAGUUGGGGGAGCUCUAUGUGUUCUUGAGCCUACUGGAGGUGGUCCAAAAUAUGUUUAGGUUGUAGCUGAGGAACUCUUAUUGGUCGACGACUCCUCAAACCUGAGUCUAAAAUUCUUCUUCUUAUUGUAGCCAACGAUACUCUGACUCCUGUAGCAUGCCUGAAUUCUCUUUGGAGGGCUGGUACAGACAUAGAAGAAUUUCUACGGAUGGAAAUUCUGAUAUAUCUAUGCUGUCGAUCAUUGGUAACUCGGGGUCUACCAGACCGAGCUCUAUUCCGUAUCGAGUUUGUCUCCAGAAACCUAUUUCAUAUCCGUGAGACAUCACUCUGAGAAACACCCACUCUUUCCUCCACGAACCGCUGUGAAUGGCCUUCUUCAACUAAAUCGAUAAUUCUUAUAAGGUCCAACUCAGAAAUUAAAGUACGUUUCAUUUUUAAUCGCGUUUUCAAAAAUUUCACCAAAAUAAAUUUUUCUAAUGUUUACACUUUAACAAAACCAGAUCAAUUAAAUGGGUAAUGAAAUAAAAUAAAACACCAAAAAUGGUAUAUUUUUUAUAAAAAAGACCCAUUAAAUAUGUGAUAAAGAUACGGAUUUAUAAAAGCGUAAACAUCGUGAAUACGAGGGGUGAUGCAUAACUUUUGAAACUAUGUGUAUAUAUUAUAUCUCAUUAUUACAUUUCAUAUCGAUCACUGUAGUAAUGAGUGAACCUGCAUACACGGAACCAUAAUAUAAUAUGUUAUAGUUCCGUGUAUGCACGCUCUUAUUACUAUAGUAAGCGAUAUGAGAUAUAAUCUAUAUUAUAAUAUAGCUCCCCGUGCGUGACAAACUUUAGAGUUCAAAGUUUUUAAACAUUUUAUUAAUAGCAUCACAGAAACAUAGUCACCUUCUGUAGAAACUUAUCGAAUAAAACAUUUAUCUUUAUACAUAUGAUAUUUAGAGUUUUAAGAUUAACAUUUAUAUUAUAACUUUAUACUUAUUUAAUAACGUUAACGUCCAUUUAUCGAAUUUUAUUGUUAUAAUUUUGAAUUUUAUUGUUAAAGAUUUUAUCGCAGCCUGUAUUUUUGUACCUGAAUUGAAUAAAUAGCUUUCCUACUUAA